GCAAUAGCAGUUAUAUCUUCAUACAAUGAUAUACGGUGUGUUUUUGCAAAAUAUAAAGUGUGAAACACGUCUGGCUAAAUGGUAUUGCGGAUUUACACAAUCCGAAAAACAACGAAUUGCCGAUAAAAUAUUCAACGAAAUUGCUCAACGCGAUGGACGCUGGGUAAAUUUCUUUGAUCUAGAAGGUAGAAAAGUUGUUUAUCGUAUGUAUGUUGGUCUUGUGAUCAGCGUUUAUGUGGACCGUGAUGAUAACACAUUAGCCCAUCAUGAAUUGAUACAUCUUAUUGUCGAGAUUCUUGACGCAUUUUACGGUAAUAUUCGUGAACUAGAUGUGAUCUGUAAUUUCAACACUCUACAUGGACUUCUAAAUGAACUGAUUCUAGCAGGUGAACUGUUAGAGACUUCGAAGGAAGAUGUACUUGAACGAUUACGUUCAACAUAUAGAUUAAAUUGAUUUUAUAGCCCAAUUGAAAUAUAAUUCAGCGGUAAUAAUCAAUAUAAAGUAGCCUAAUGUUUCCAACGAA